GCCCUCGCACGAGCUGUGGCAGCGCGAGCGCAGCGGCGUGCUCGGCUCUCUGAAGGAGCGGGCGCAGAUGAUCGCGGAGGCUUUCAACAAGAUGGAGGGCUUCGAGUGCAAUGUUGUGCAGGGCGCUAUGUAUGCGUUCCCCAACAUCACGCUGCCGCCUAAAGCCAUUGACGCGGCCAAGAAGGCCGGCAAAGCUCCCGACGUGUUCUACGCGUUCAAACUGCUGGAAGAAACAGGCAUCUGCAUCAUCCCGGGCAGCGGCUUCGGGCAGCGGCCCGGCACGCACCACUUCCGCACCACCAUCCUCCCGCAGCCGCCGCUGAUGCGGGAGAUGCUGCAGAUCUUCAAGAACUUCCACAGCAAGUUUACGCAGGAGUUCGCAUAAACGGACAGAAUCUGGUGAUUUUAUGUUGACUCAACCUCACCCUCACUAUUCGAGCCCGCGUCACCACACUAGUACUUAUCUUGGCGAUUUUAAGCUAAGCUAUAUGGCCCAUUUUAAAAUUGACACAUAAUGGAAGGCACCAGAAAUGACGGCAAGGCAACGGAGGGCGCCGACCACAUUCAGAUUUAUGCAUUGACAUUCCGAUUCGCGGAGAGUAUAGCGGAAAGAGAUUCGGGGGCGUAAAAUAACUUUUUGUUCUUUGAACCAUUUUGAAAGAUCUCAUUUUAUAUUAGCGUAGGUACCUACACGUUUCAAAAAUAUACUGCAAACAGCAUACUUAUCGCUAACCGGUAUUGAAGUACCUACAGUAAUUAUUGUAGAUUGAAAAGUUAGUUAAUGUAUUUUUUCAAAUGCUUUUAAUGUGUUUGAAGUCAUAAUAUGUACUAGGAAAACAUAGGUGGGUAGGUAAUUAUAUAGUACUGGUUUUUUAACG